UUACAAUAAAGGGUGUUCAAUUGAAAGAAAGAAAAAGAAACAAAAAGUUGCUACGAAUAUUAGUUUUGAGAGGGCUUUAUAGAGAGAGUGAUGUGAAAUGCAACAGUGAGUUUCGCGUUAAUAGAAAAACUUUCAAUAUUAUUUGUGAGAUGCUUAGAGACAUUGAGGGUUUGAGUGGAACAAAAAACAUGUCGUUUCAAGAGAUCGUAGCCAUGUUUUUAUACACGUUGGCUCACCAUAAGGAGAAUAGGUCUAUUGGACAAUAUUUCUUUAGAAGUGGAGAAACCGUGAGCCGACAAUUUCACCUUUGUCUAAGGGCUUUUCUCAAAUUACACGAAGUAUUACUUUACAAUCCCACACCAAUAUUGGAUGAUUGUGAAGAUGAAAGGUGGAAAUUUUUCAAGAAUUGUUUAGGGGCAUUAGAUGGGACUUACAUUAAUGUAAAUGUGCCUUCACAAGAACGAACAAAGUAUAGAACAAGAAAAGGAACAAUUGCUAUGAAUGUAUUGGGUGUUUGUGCACCCAAUUUGCAAUUUAUUUAUGUUCUUCCUGGUUGGGAAGGUUCAACCCAUGAUAUGCGUGUACUUCGCUAUGCUCUCUCUAGCCCAAAUGGUUUUAGGGUACCUCGAGGUAAGUGAAGCUCAUUCUUUUGUGAGUGUAUAAGUUUUUUUAGUUUUGGUAGGUAGUAAUCCUUUUCUUUAAUAACUUUGAAGGUAAUUAUAAUUUGGUUGAUGCGGGAUAUACGAAUUGUGAGGGCUUUCUUGCUCCAUAUAGAGGUCAAAGAUACCAUUUAAAAGAAUGGACGGAUCGACAACCCGAAAGUGCCGAGGAGUUCUAUAACAUGAAACAUGCUAGGGCGCGAAAUGUGAUUGAGAGAUAUUUUGGCCUACUUAAAGGAAGAUGGAGUAUUCUUAGAAGUCCUUCAUUUUUCCCUAUAAGAACUCAUGGACGUAUCGUGAUGGCUUGUUGCUUAUUGCAUAAUCUAAUUAGAAAAUUC